GAAAUCGGCGGUUGCCGGGCAUGGGCGCCCAGAGGUAAAGGCGUCCGGAGGGAAGGCCCGGGGCCGCGGCAGAGCUCUGUGCGGCCAGCCCGGUCCUGCUCGCCGGCCCCAGCGCCUGCGACGCUCAGAUGCCUCCAGCUCCGGUCACUCCGGCCGCACCAGCCGGAAACUUUGCCCCGCAAAGUCCCCCGCCUGCCUGACCGCGCCGCGCGGCGCCUAGUCGGCCGCGUGCCCUCCGGGGCCCCGAACUCCGCGCGUGAUUGCCGGGCUGCCCCGUUCCACGCGCCCGCGGCGCCCCGCCGCCAGGAUGCGCUAUGCGGACCCCUCGGCCAAUCGCGAUUUGUUGGGGAACCGAACUUUGCUCUUCAUCUUCAUCUGCGCCUUCGCCUUGGUGACCUUGCUGCAACAGAUCCUCUAUGGCAGGAACUACAUCAAGAGAGGCCUCCAGUUUGGUUGGCAGAGUGGUGACCAGCUGGCCAAUUGGACGGGGCUCUUUAAUGUCACGGACGACCCAGCAGUGCAGAGCGGCAGUGACUCCAGCUCCAGGUACUUUGACUUUUACGAGGGGCCUUUUGAAUACAACUCCACAAGAUGCCUGGAGCUGAGGCACGAAAUCCUGGAAGUGAAGGUGCUGUCCAUGGUGAAGCAGUCGGAGCUGUUCGACAGGUGGAAGAGCCUCCAGAUGUGCAAAUGGGCGAUGAACAUCUCCGAGGCCAACCAGUUCAAGUCCACUCUGUCCAGGUGCUGCAACGCCCCCGCCUUUCUCUUCACCACCCAGAAGAACACUCCCCUGGGGACGAAGCUCAAGUAUGAGGUGGACACGAGUGGCAUCUACCACAUCAACCAGGAGAUCUUCCGCAUGUUUCCCAAGGACAUGCCCUACUACCGAUCACAGUUUAAGAAGUGUGCGGUGGUGGGCAACGGAGGCAUCCUAAAGAACAGCCGCUGCGGGAGGGAGAUCAACAGCGCCGAUUUUGUCUUCCGGUGCAACCUGCCCCCCAUCUCAGAGAAGUACACUGUGGAUGUGGGGGUGAAGACGGACGUGGUCACCGUGAACCCCAGCAUCAUCACUGAGAGGUUCCACAAGCUGGAGAAGUGGCGGCGGCCCUUCUACCGCGUGCUGCAGGUGUACGAGAACGCGUCCGUGCUGCUGCCCGCCUUCUACAACACGCGCAACACCGACGUGUCCAUCCGCGUCAAGUACGUGCUGGACGACUUCGAGUCGCCGCAGGCCGUCUACUACUUCCACCCGCAGUACCUGGUCAACGUGUCGCGCUACUGGCUCAGCCUGGGCGUGCGCGCCAAGCGCAUCAGCACCGGCCUCAUCCUGGCCACCGCAGCGCUCGAGCUCUGCGAGGAGGUGCACCUGUUCGGCUUCUGGGCCUUCCCCAUGAACCCCUCGGGCCUCUACAUCACCCACCACUACUACGACAACGUCAAGCCGCGCCCCGGCUUCCACGCCAUGCCCUCCGAGAUCUUCACCUUCCUGCACCUGCACAGCCGCGGCAUCCUCCGUGUGCACACGGGCACCUGCAGCUGCUGCUGAUGCCCGCCAGGCUGCUGGGCAAACUGGGUGCCCCGAGCCGGGCAGUGUGGGGGCCUGGCAUUAGGGCUGUCACCCCUCAGUAGUUCAGCUUUGUGCUUGGGUCCUGGGGUGGGGAGGCAGGGACAGGGGCCUGGGCAGAGGCAGCUCUGUACUCAGCCUCCGAGACCUGGCCUCCACGCUGUGCCUCCACCUUCCCAGAGCUAGCAUGCUGCGGGGCCACACCCCAAGAUCGGGGCCCUGGGGACUGCAAGUGAAUAAAGCACAUUUCCACCCAAUUUUGUCAUCGGAGAGAGCACAAACUGUAGGCCCUCGUUGCAGCUAAAGGAAGCCCUCCAGAGAAUGGAACAGAGGGAGGACACAGGACAUGUGACAGGACACUUGAGCACAAUCAAGAUUUCAUUCAGACUUUUGGGAUCCUGAGUUUUAUAUAAAAGACUUAGCUAUGAAUUGCUAUCUAGAAUCUCAGAGGUUAGAGGCCAACCCUUCGGCCAGAACUUCCAGUGAAGAAGGAAGGUCUCAGAGGUCCAGGGACUUAACAGACAAGCCACACCACCCGACGUAUUUGUCAAGUGACACUGAGAGAUCCAACGCAAGGCUUAUGUUAGGAUCUCUUCUGAGGACCCCACAACCUUUCAAACACAUCCUCAGACACUCACCCACAGUCUUGGUGCCUCCAGGUUCAAUCCUGCAUUUGAUCUUUCGAUGAGAAGGAAAUAAACUAGACCAGCCAUUUGCA